AUGGAUAGCUACUCCAUCCUGUACAGCUCGUCUCAGCGGACGGAGCUGCUAGCCCGAUUCCAGCGCCUGCGCUCGGCCGGGAGGAUGUGCGAUGUGGUGCUGGAGACGCAGGGCGCCUCGUUCCCGUGCCACCGGGCUCUCCUGGCCAGCUCCAGCGAUUAUUUUUGGGCCCUGUUCGGAGAGGCAGCGGCGGAGAGAUUAGCGCUACGCGUCAAACUACCGGCGCUAACGCCUGUGGGGUUGGAUGUCAUUUUGGAUUUCCUGUACUCGGGGUGGCUAAAGGUGUCAGACAGUACACUUCCGGAUGUGUUGGAGGCAGCGAGGUACCUCCAAGUGGAGACGGCAGUUUCCAUAUGUGAAAGAUACAUCAUGGAUGAGCUCAGUGCAGAGAAUUGCUGCGUCUACGCUAACUUAGCAGAGCACCAUGUGCUACCUAAUGUGUUGGAAGCGGCUGAAGACACCGUUGCCGCGGAGAUGGCGACUCUCUUGCAAGAAAGACGGGAGGAUCUAUUGAACUUGAACGUCCAAUCGAUGAUGGCAGUGUUGGAGACGGAAGAAAUUCCGUCAGUCAAGGAGGUGGAGUUAGUCAAGCUAGCUCUAGAUUGGUUAAGUGAGAACGGGCCCAUCCCAUUACUUCAGUCCAACCUACUGCUAAGCCGCCUGCGUUUCGGACUGGUCGCUCCAGUUGAUCUAACGCAUUUAAGCCAUGGUAACAAAGCCAUGGGAACACCUCUGAUUAGGAGCCAGGUGACGAGGGCGCUGGAGUACCACAGAAUGGGUUCGGCAAGGCCAAUCAGACAAAGUAAACAGUCCAAGCUUCGGGCGACUGAUCGAGUGCUACUUGUUGGUGGUAGCUCGAACCCAGAUUGUCCGGAGCAGCAGGUGUUGGCGUUUAAUCUGAAAAGCAGGACGUUUGCAACUCUGACUUCCUGCCUGCCGUCAAGACUGAGGAACCACUGCGUGUGCUCUUUGGGGGGCUUCCUCUUCGUGGUGGGCGGAGAGUUGGUAAGCGAGGCGGACGGUAAACCAGUUUCCGCAGAAAUCUCCAACCACGUUUGGAGGUACGACCCCCGUUUCGAUUGUUGGCAACAAGUGGCACCCAUGCUGCAAAGAAGGACCAAGUUCACCUGCUGCGUCACCGAUGACGCCAUCCACGCCAUCGGAGGUCAAUGCGCACCGACCAACGGGGACGUGAAUACCACGCUUGCUUCGGUGGAGUUUUACGACUUAGAGGCCGGGGCAUGGAGGAGGGGAGCGCCCAUGCCGGGACCCCUCUACGGUCACGCUAGCGCCGAGCUCGAGCAGAGCAUCUAUGUGUCGGGAGGUCUCUCGGAUGACCCUGGAACCGACUUGAUCCCGGGCCAGACCCAGAGUAGAAAGGAAGUUCUGUGCUGGGACCAGAAGGGAAGACUCUGGAGGAAAGUGGCACCCAUGUCCAUUGGCAGGUUCGGACACCGAAUGACUAGUGUCCGCGGCUACAUCUACGCCCUCCUAGGGAUGUACGAGCCCUUCUCCGAUAUCGAGCGCUAUGACCCAGUAGCUGAUCACUGGACACGUCUACGGCCGCUGCUCGUCGCAUCGUUCGGCUACGGGAUUGCGGCAACACCAACCGGGAGCAUCCUGGUUUUCGGUGGCAGAAAGUGGAGCGACAGCCGAGAAGUGGCUCUAAAGAGCGUUUUGGAGUACGAACCCAAGAAAGACCAGUGGAGGGAGAUCUGUCACUUACCGAGGCCUCUCACGGGAACCGAGUGCACUUUACUGCCAGUGCCUGACUAA